AUGCAGAUCUCAACGAUUGUCGCAACUGCGCUGCUGCCUUUGUUGGCGGUAGCAGACCCUUCUACUACCACGUCUACCAUGACGAUGACAAAGUACAUCACUAUUCAGAAGGUUGUUGCCACUUCAAGUAUCUUCAGCAGCGCAAACUCGACUUCCGUCUACCAGCCUACCGGCACUAUUUCUUCUUCUUUCCACUCCUCCAGUAUCGCUCUUCCAACAACAACAACUGGCUCUGAUGGUACGCCUACAACUGUUGCGCCUACAGUCAGCCCUACCAUCGACAACAACAACAGCGGCGCAUCGCUUGGCUCUGCCCAUGUUGCGCUUGCGGGGUUGGCUGGCAUUGUUGUCGCCGCGCUGAUGUAA